UGUGAGCCGACCAGUUUCCGUAGACGGCCACAACAAUUUUUAAGACAAAAUAACCAAAAAAAAAAUCCAUCAGUUCAAACGGUUAUGCAGAUCGCUGCUGUACGGAUACUACAGAAAUCCCAUUCAGAAUCCCAUUCAGAGUUCUGUUCAGUGCAGUGACAAAAGUGACGUCAAGAAGAGCUCCAAAGUGCAGUCCCCGUCCAGCAGCAGCUCUCAAGCUCUCUCCCUCUCUCUGCCUUAACACCAGUUUUCGUAAUCGAGUCGUGCAAAAAAACAUAAAAAAGUGAAUCUGUUUUAAAAGUUAUCGUCGACUCCAUCUCGCUCGCACCCAGCUAUUAAUUUUUGCGUCUGUUUCACUGCCGUCGUCGUCGCUCUCACCGCCGCUGUCACUGGUGAAGACGCGAUUGUUUAUGUUUUUUUGUGUUCUGAGCUGCCUGUUUCCCCCGCCCCUGCCUCUUACCCCUUCCGAAGGUUGAGCAGUAAUAAUAAAAGCAAUACAAUCACAAUGAAACGAAAUUGAGUGAACAAAAAAUUUCGCUUACAGAAAAGCAACAAAAUAAAAUAAGUUAAUAACAAGAAAAAAUUUCGCUGGCGGGCAAAUUUCACGCCGUAUUUAAUCUUUGCCCACUGUCCGCCUCCAGCUUAAUCGCUGCUCGUCUUUCUUUCCGUUCCGUUCGCGUGCGCGUGUGUUCUGUGCUCCGGCUUUGGCUCCAGCUUCAGCUACCGCCACGGUUCCGAUUCAACUUUGAUUUCGAUACGCUUCCGCUGCUGUCUUGUGUCUAUCGUCGCGCGUUAGUCCUAUCGUUUUCGUCGCACUGCAUUCAUCCCGAACGGCACACGGAAAAAAGAUUAGAGGCGAGAGAAGUUUCAACUCCAUUCGAAUUUAACAAAAAGGACCUGUACCACCAACAUUGCAAAUUGUUUGGAGGAGUUCUUUGGUUAAGUCAAUCAGAUUAUCACAGUGUUUUGUGCCUACAUAUAUUCAAGUGCAGUAAAAACUUGGAGAUUUAAUAAAAACUAGUACAUUUCAAAGCUUUUGUUUGGCCAUUAACACACAAAGUAGGAAGAAACUUAGAUUAAGGGUUUUAAGGAAUCUUCGUAGCACACUCUAUGCGAGCUGCACGUAAAAUGACAUACACGUUGGGACUCAUCACAGCGCUACUACUGGCCAGCAAGAUAUGUCAGGCCAUGCCAGAUCUGCACAAACACAUGUCACUGGAGCAGCUGCAGUCCGUCUUCCACGUGGACACACAUGAUGCUGUGCCAAACUAUGAGGUCGUCCAGCUACUGCACCACGACAACCACCAGCGGCGGCGGCGCAGCAUCUCGGCUCCAGCCACAGCCCUGCCGCCCCACCACGUGAAAAAGGAUCUCAGCAAGAAUUCGUAUUACAGCGAGAUGAAGCACGACGCCAUCGCCUUAGGUGGCAACCAUCUGUCCGGAAUCGACGUCAGCGCCAUCCAAUCCCAUAACGUCUCAUUCAGCGCCUUCGGACACCACAUGAACCUCACUCUGCGCGCUACAAAGGGCCUUUUCAAGGAUGCGGCCCACCAGAUGCGUAUGUGGAGCGUGGGUAGCGAGCCCAAUGCCACACACGGCCUAGACCUGCAGGAGAUUGCCCAGGAGGAGCAUCACAAAGACGAGAUUGGUCAAGUGUUCCAGGAUGAACGUAACAUGGCAGCGAUCUUGAUGCGUCGCCACAUGGAAACGGGCGACUUGAUAAUGGAGGGAAGCAUCGGUCACGACCUGGUGAUUAAGCCCUUGCCACACGAGCUGAGUCCCAGCCAGGAGGAGACCCACCACAUUGUGUACAAGCGCGAGGCAAGUGCAGCAGAAGAGCAACUGAGUGACUUCGCCUUCAUGGAACCCGAUGAUCUGCUGGCCAGCGAGAAGCAACGGCGCAAACGGCGCAGCACUCCCACCAGUCCCGACUUCGAGGAUCUCAACGAAGAGGACGAGGGCGCCCUGGACGCGGAGCCGCAGACCGCCGAGUCCCGCACCCGACCCCGUUCCCGUCGCCAGGCCCCGUACAUCAUCUACCCCGAAGUACUGGUUAUCGUCGACUACGACGGCUAUCGGCUCCAUGGCGGCGAUAAUUUGCAGGUAAAGCGGUAUUUCAUCUCAUUCUGGAACGGUGUCGAUCUUCGUUACCGCCUGCUGAAGGGACCCAGAAUACGCAUCAGCAUCGCUGGCAUCAUUAUCUCUCGGGGUCGCGAUGCCACCCCCUAUCUGGAACGUAAUCGAGUGGGACGUGAUGCCAUAGACUCGGCUGCCGCCCUCACCGACAUGGGCAAAUAUCUGUUUCGAGAGCGCCGUCUGCCUGUCUACGAUAUCGCCGUGGCUAUAACUAAACUCGAUAUGUGCCGUCGCACCUCCGCUUACGGCGAAUGUAAUCGCGGUACCGCAGGCUUCGCCUAUGUUGGUGGUGCCUGCGUAGUGAACAAGCGACUAGAGAAGGUGAACAGCGUGGCCAUCAUUGAAGACACCGGCGGUUUCAGCGGCAUCAUUGUGGCUGCUCAUGAAGUGGGACACUUACUGGGAGCGGUCCAUGACGGAUCGCCACCACCAAGCUAUCUAGGCGGACCGGGCGCCCAGCGCUGUCGUUGGGAAGACGGUUAUAUUAUGUCCGAUUUGCGUCACACGGAGCGCGGAUUCAGAUGGUCCGCCUGCACGGUCCAGAGCUUUCAUCAUUUUCUCAAUGGAGACACAGCCACCUGCCUGCACAACGCCCCACACGAGGACAGCGCUCUGGGAAGAUCACUGCCAGGCACUUUGCUCUCGUUGGAUGCCCAAUGCCGACGGGAUCGCGGCACGUAUGCCUGCUUCAAGGACGAGCGCGUCUGUGCCCAGUUAUUCUGCUUCGAUGCCCAGACGGGAUACUGCGUGGCCUACAGACCCGCUGCGGAGGGUUCAGCCUGUGGUAACGGCUAUCACUGUCUGGACGGUCGUUGCACUCCUCUGCCCUCCAACAUUAUCCCGGACUAUGGGAACAACUAUCGUUUAGUCUACAAUAAAAUCGACGGGAAAAAAGAUGCAGCCUCUGAGACAACGGAGGACAUUGAAAUAAGUAGCGAAGAGACGGAGUCGCAAGAAGAUGAGAAUGAGAACGAUAAUGAAAAUGGUAGCGACGAUGAGGAGGAGCAAGAGCAGGAUGAGGGCAACACUAGUAGCGAGGAGCAGCAGGACAAUAAAGUCGAGCAAAGCUCAGAUGCCGCUUCAGCCUCAGCUGCCUCUGCUGGUACAACGACAACGACCACAGAGCUACCCACAAAGGCGAACGCGUUUGGGUACUUGCAUCGCGUUUUGCCGAUGCACAACACUGAGAGGCAAUGGCUUCAAAACGAUGGUGUUUUGGUAAAGACGCGCACCAGCAGUAGUGUCAGCAGUAUUAGCGGUUCCUCUGCUCCCUCUACGACACGAAUACCAAAAACAACAACCACACAAACACCAAAUCUCUUUCAAGUCUACACUCAUGAAUUACGCAAACAAAUUGAAUACUACCUACACAUGCUACAAACACAACAACAUGCAACAAAAUUGAAACCAGAACAACAACCACAACAGAUACAAAAGUCAGAACAUUCACAACAGUCGGUAGUUGAAAUACCUUUGGUACAAAAACAAAUUACAAAUUAUAGUGUAACCAGCAACAACAAUGGAGCAAAACUACAACACCAAGAGAGCACCAAGGACGAGAACCAGAGACAGCAGCAACAGCAAUCAGUGCCAACCGAUGAGGAAAAUGAAGCCACUGCAGGCAUUCAGAGCAAUGAAGCGAUUGAACGGCAAAAACGUAAGUUCCACAUCCAAUCCACCACAGCACCAACAACAAUAGCAAGUGCUGCAAAGAAGACUUCAUCAACAACAACAGAAUCAACAAUUGCCAAAGCGAUAACAACUUCAUCAUUUCUCAAUGCGUAUUUCAAAAAAUUACAAGCAUUGCAUUUACCAACACUGGAUGGCGCAGUAACGGCCACCAGCACAAUCACAUCCGUCUCGUCAUCUGUCAGCGUCAGCUCAACAAACAAGCAACAUCCGGAACAACCAGAAGUGCAGCCGCAGAAUCAGAAAGAAAACAACUUUGAUGGCAGCUCCUUCUUAAAACGUACGCCCACUCGGAGUAGUAUUAAAGCAUCCAAAACUAGUAGUAGCAAUAUGAGCAAUAGUAGUAGUCAACCUCAUCCGCAAAAUGAACAAAAAAGGCCAAACUACAUUGGCGACACCACAAAUAAUCUGCCAGCGGUGUUGGACAGUGCGCCAAGUACAACGGAAAGUACAGCAGGGCCCAAGAAACCCAAAAUUAAAACACAAAAACUAAUACGCCGCACACGAGUCAUGUAACCAUAGUGUGAACCCGAGAAUGUGACAGAGAUACAGAGCAUGAGUAAACAAGAAACUCUGCUCCCAUUUACUAUAAACUACUAAAUACUGCUAGCCA